CCACCUCCUCCUCCACCACCACCUCCUCCUCCUCUGGUGAUCUCACCAGCUCAGCCUGCGGCUCCGAUGAGCAGGGAAAAGAGGGGACAGAGAGUUAGUAAAGCCCGACAGCAGCGGCUGGAGUGAGAGGGGCAAACACGGCCAGUCCUGGGUGGUGGAUACCCAGCGGGCACUUGUGCACGGAGCUCCGCACAGCCCCGUCCUUUGUGUCCUUGUGGAAAUUCAGCCUGCGGCCGCCUCUCAUUCUCCUCUCCUGCCUCUAUAGCCAUGGCCAGCAGCAGCAGCAGCAGCAGUAGUCCUAGCAGCAGCGCCCUAACCGGGCGUCUCCCGGGGGCCCGGACCGCGAACCCCCGCAAGGGCCGCAUACUGGGCUUGAUCGAUGCCAUCCAGGAUGCUGUGGGACCCCCCAAACAGGCGGCGGCCGACAGGAGGACGGUGGAGAAGACCUGGAAACUGAUGGACAAAGUGGUAAGAUUAUGCCAAAGCCCCAAACUUCAGCUGAAGAACAGCCCUCCAUAUAUACUUGAUAUUUUGCCUGACGCAUAUCAACAUCUAAGACUUAUUUUGAGCAAGUACGAUGACAAUCAAAAGCUUGCACAGCUCAGUGAAAAUGAAUAUUUUAAAAUCUACAUUGACAGUCUAAUGAAGAAAUCGAAAAGAGCAAUAAGACUCUUCAAGGAAGGAAAAGAGAGAAUGUAUGAAGAGCAGUCACAGGAAAGGAGAAACCUUACGAAGCUGUCCUUAAUAUUUAGCCACAUGUUGGCAGAAAUUAAAGCAAUAUUUCCCAACGGACAGUUUCAAGGGGAUAACUUCCGUAUAACAAAAGCAGAUGCUGCAGAGUUCUGGAGAAAGUUCUUUGGAGAAAAAACCAUCGUGCCAUGGAAAGUAUUUAGACAGUGCCUUCAGGAAGUCCAUCAAAUCACAUCUGGAUUAGAAGCAAUGGCUUUGAAAUCUACCAUUGAUUUGACAUGCAAUGAUUACAUUUCAGUUUUUGAAUUUGAUAUUUUUACAAGACUUUUUCAGCCCUGGGGCUCCAUAUUAAGGAACUGGAACUUUUUGGCAGUGACUCACCCUGGCUAUAUGGCAUUUUUAACAUAUGACGAGGUCAAGGCACGUUUACAAAAGUACAGCACUAAACCAGGAAGCUAUAUUUUUAGGUUAAGUUGCACAAGACUGGGACAAUGGGCUAUAGGAUAUGUGACUGGUGAUGGGAAUAUUCUGCAGACAAUACCUCAUAACAAACCAUUGUUUCAAGCUCUUAUUGAUGGCAGUCGAGAAGGAUUCUAUCUCUAUCCUGAUGGAAGAAGUUAUAAUCCUGAUUUGACGGGUCUGUGUGAACCAACACCACAUGAUCACAUAAAGGUUACCCAGGAACAAUAUGAAUUGUACUGUGAGAUGGGCUCUACUUUUCAGCUGUGUAAAAUCUGUGCAGAAAAUGACAAGGAUGUCAAGAUAGAGCCUUGUGGCCAUUUGAUGUGUACCUUCUGUCUAACAUCUUGGCAGGAAUCCGAUGGUCAAGGCUGUCCUUUCUGUCGAUGUGAAAUCAAGGGCACUGAACCAAUUAUAGUUGAUCCUUUUGAUCCAAGAGACGAGAACAGGAUCUGCAGUCUAGACAGUUUAGGUACUCCAAUACUGGAUUUCGAUGAGGAGGAUGAGAGGGAAGAAUGCUUGAUAAUGAACAGACUGGCCUCUGUGAGGAAGAUGAUUGAUAGACAGAAUUCACCAGUGACCUCACCAGGUUCUUCUCCACUUUCACAAAGGAAAAAAACAACGCCUGAUCUAUUAGUGCCACAUCUGAACCUUCCACCGGUUCCUCCUCGACUAGAUCUUAUUCAGAAAGGAGGAGCACGCUCACCUUGUGCCAGUCCAACAGGGUCACCAAAGUCUUCUCCAUGUAUGGUUCGAAAGCAGGAUAAACCACUUCCAGCUCCUCCACCUCCUUUAAGAGAACCACCGCCUCCGCCAGAGAGACCGCCUCCAAUCCCACCAGACAGCAGAACAUGUAGACACAUACAUCAUGUGGAAAAUGUGCCUUGUAGAGACCAGCCAAUGCCCCUUGAAGCCUGGUCCCCAAGAGACGUUUCUGGUGCCAGUCAUUUAACUGCAUGUCAUAUUGCACAUGACCGUUCCCCUAAACUUGGAAAGACAGCUAAUUCUAUUUUUAAUGGAAGACACAUGAGACACUUGAGUUCGGAUGGCAGGUUUAUGCACAAACAACAUAAACAUCAUGAUUUACCUUCAGAAAGUGUAAGGGUUUUAUCAAAUGUUUUAAUGGAAGAAUAUGAUGUGCCUCCCAGAAUUUCACCACCUCCUCCAUCUAUUUCUAUUCACCCUGCUAUGAACCCUAAUUCAAAGUGUCCUUUACUGUUACAUUCUCUGUCUGAUAAAAUUAGGAAUUUAACAGAAGAUGAUGAUGGUGAAUACAAAAUCCCUUCUUCUCAUCCUGUACAUUCACGUCCCUUGCCUCUUCACUGCCAUAGUAUAAAGCCUUUCUCUAGGUUGUGUGAAAAUGGACAAUGUUUAACAAAUGGAACCCACGACACAUCAGAGUUGAAAAAAAUGAAGCCUCCAGAUCUGAGUAUGCAUACCACAGGUGAAGAAGCUUUUGACAGCCUUCCUCCUUCACAACCCCCACCUCCACCACCACCUCCAGCACGUGCCUGCGUCACCGAGCAUACAAAAUCCUCCAUGUCGGGAAGCAGACCGAAUUCAGGCGUAGACCUGUUUCUUCCUUCAGUGGGUAAGAUUGACCCGUGUUCAUCCAAAGCUCCUCUACCACCGACUCGAAGAGCACCAAAUGAUGUCAAAAUAAAUAGACUUUCCCAAGAAUAUGAUCACCUACCGGCAUGCUCAGAAUGUCCACAGGCACCAGCCAGACCACCCAAACCACUUCCUCGCAGAACAGGACCUGAGAUUCAUCACAGACGACCUUAUAGUGCUGACUGUUCAGAGAAUGUAGACGCAAAAAUAGCUAAAUUAAUGGGCGAGGGAUUCUCCUUCGAAGAAGUUAAAAGGGCUCUGGAAAUUGCCCAGAAUAAUGUAGAUGUGGCACAGAGCAUACUGAGAGAAUUUGCGUGCUGCCCUCCUCCUGUUUGCCCACGUUUAAACCUAUAACAAAAUGACCUGUCUUUUAGGACCAUAGACGUAAAAAAGAAUGAAUUUAAUUUAUCACCUUAAUUUAAA